AUGACAUCCCACCAGGAUCCACGCUCCACAACAUCCUCAAAGCCACUGUUCCCUUUUACCGUCCCGAAACUGCAUCAAAGCACCGACCUGCCUGCUUGGUACGCCCACAACUCCUUCAUCCAAACCGCCUACCGCCCCAUCACAAAAUCCACGCGCCUCUGCCUCCAAAGCCUGACCUACCUCCACAACGAAACCAUCAAUAUCUACUCGCACCUUCUCCCCGCACUCCUCAGUCUCUUCUUCAGCCACUCCUUCAGCACCUCCUUUGCAGCGCAGUUCCCGCACGCAACGUGGAAAGAUGAAGUCAUGUUCCGCGUGUUCCUGAGCACGUGCGUGAUUUGCUUUGGCACGUCGGCGGCGUAUCAUACGCUCAUCUGCCACUCACGUACGUUUGCGGAGCUCUGGGUGCGACUUGAUUAUGUGGGUAUUGUGGUACAGAUCGUUGGGUCGUUUAUUCCCGGGAUUUAUUUUGCGUUUUAUUGUGAACCCCAGUUGCAGAAAGUGUAUUGGAGUAUGAUUAUUACGCUGGGAACUAUGACUGCGACAAUUGUUCUUAGUCCGGGCUUGCAGGGCCCGAAGUGGAAGUAUUUACGUCUGUCCACGUUCGUUGCUAUGGGCUUAUCUGCUUUUGCGCCGAUUAUCCAUGCUGCUAGUAUUUUCCCUUACUCCCAGCUAGACCAGCAAUCUGGCUUACGCUACUACUUCCUCGAGGGCGUUUUGAUACUCAUCGGAGUUGGGUUUUACGCAGCGCAUUUCCCAGAAUCCUGGAAACCAAAGCGAUACGACGUUUGCGGCGCGUCACAUCAGAUUUUCCACAUCGCUGUUGUUCUGGGCGCUCUAGCGCAUUAUUACGGUAUUAUGAGCGCAUUCGAGUGGAACUACGCCAAUCAGCGCUGUAUGUGGUGA